CCCGACUCUUUUGAAACCCUGUUGUGCGGGAUGCGACGAGAGCCUCGCGAUUGGCCAAUGCGCUCGUGACGCAAGCGCCCCCGCCGCUCGACGUCCCGGCUCGCCGCCGCGCUCCGGAGCUCGAGCCGCGGAGCUCCAGAUGGAGUUGGCUCGCGACGGGAGCCCGUCAUGGGGGCCGCGGACCCCCGCAACGCCACGGAGUCCGACGAUGACGACGGCGGCGUCCGGCCGUCGGCGUCCGAGCAGUGGGUGGCGGGAAUGAGCCUCCUGAUGACGCUGAUCGUGCUGGCCAUCGUGCUGGGCAACGCGCUGGUGAUCGCGGCCAUCGCCCGAACGCAGCGUCUCCAAACCCGCACCAACGUGUUUGUGGUGUCGCUGGCGUGCGCCGACCUGAUCAUGGGCGUCCUGGUGGUGCCCUUCGGGGCCGCGCUGCAGCUGCGCGGCGCCUGGGACUACGGCUCGUUCUUCUGCGAGCUGUGGAUCUCCGCGGACGUGCUGUGCGUCACGGCCAGCAUCGAGACGCUGUGCGUCAUCGCCGUGGACCGCUACGUGGCCAUCACGGCGCCGUUUCGCUACCAGAGCUUGCUGACCCGAGGCCGGGCCAAGGCGGCGGUGUGCGCCGUGUGGGGGGUCUCGGGACUGGUCUCCUUCCUGCCCAUCCUCACGCACUGGUCCCGGGACAGCGCGCACGCGGCGUGCUACGAGGACCCGGCGUGCUGCGACUUCGUCACCAACCGCGCCUACGCCGUCUCGUCGUCCGUCGUGUCCUUCUACCUGCCCCUGGUGGUCAUGGCCUUCGUGUACGCGCGCGUCUACCGGGAAGCCAAGCAGCAGCUACGCAAGAUCGACCGCUGCGAGGGCCGCUUCCACAUCCACGCCGGCGGGGCGCGCGGCGGGAGGAAGCCGCCGCCGCCGGCGCCGCGCUCGGCCGCGUUGCGCGAGCACAAGGCGCUCAAGACGCUGGGCAUCAUCAUGGGCACCUUCACCCUCUGCUGGCUGCCCUUCUUCGUGGUCAACGUGGUGCGCGUUUUCGGCCCCGAGCUGGUGGACGAGGACUUGUUCGUCUCCCUCAACUGGCUGGGUUACGCCAACUCGGCCUUCAACCCGGUCAUCUACUGCCGAAGCCCGGACUUCCGCAGGGCCUUCAGGAGGCUGCUGCGCUGCCGGCCGCGGCCGAGGGCGGAGCGCGCGCUGCGCGUCAGCUCCUGCGACCUGAGCCGCUACUCGGCCGGCUUGCUGGCGGCCUCCUCGCUGGAGCCCGCCGGGAUGGAGAGCAGCCUGGCCGGCCAGGGAAGCCGCCUCGCUCCGAGUCCCGUUUCUGACUCCCGAGUCCAAACGUGACACCCCCUCCCACAGCCUCGCGGUGCAAUUGCAGCCAAAUUUGUUCCUAUGAAUUUAUUUCUGCCUGUGAGGUUGCGUUUUCAAUACCCGAAAAUGUCGAAUGUGGCUUACUGUGCUGUUUUGAGUGACCUGUGCAAUUAAAACAAAAGAAACCUCU